CAGGAAAUUGGAAAAUCUAUAAUGAAGGGGCAGCAAACACCAAGUCGUUUUCCAAAAAUUAAUUAAUUUGAGACUCAGUUCUCUCAUUUAUCAUUAAGCAAUUUCUAAGAAUAAAAACAUAAUCCAUCUAUUUGCAAGGGAAUGUUGAGCAUGAUUAAUCCUAAACCUCCUUGUGAAAACAAAAAAAUUAAGCAAUCUAGUCAAUUUGAAUAGAAGGCACAUUGUUUAAAGAGAUGUCCAUAAGAAGAAGGCACCAGUUUUGAUUUAGAUUUGACAGUGUUUAAAAUAAGACCUUGUUAAAGACAAUGUGAACAUAAUCAUAAAUAAUGUCCAUAUAUUCAUUCAGAAAGUGAUUUAAGAAGACCAGGCACAUAUUAUAAAGCAGAAUUGUGUCCAUACAAAGUAGAAUAAAAAGAAUGUCCUCAUGGUUACAGUUGUUGUAAAGCGCAUAAUCAAUAUGAAUUGUUAUAUUAAGAAGACAAUUAUCGAAAACUAUUUUGUCCUUAACCAUAAAAUUGUUGCUUUGGUAUAUAUUGUCCUUAUGCUCAUUUUGAGAAGGACAUCAAAUGUGACACGAUUAAGACUAUUAUAUGUUUCAUUAUAAAACAAUUGCUUGUCCCUAUUCACUUUUUAAUCAUAAUUUAGUCAACUUGUGAUUAUUAUCAUAAUGAGAGUGAUAAACGCAGAAAAGUUUAAGAUAUUCAAUAUUAACCUUAAUAAUGUUCAAAUUGGGUGUAAAAUAAGAGUUGUUCCAAUGAAUGUUCAUUUUGUCAUUCUAUCUUUGAACUUUACUUUCAUCCUCACAUGUAUAAAACCUUUGAAUGUACAUAGUAAAAUUGUUAUCGCGAUAUCUGCCCUGGAUAUCAUGAUGAAACUGAUUAAAGAUAAUUAAAUCCAUUAGUUAGAAAUGGAAUUAUGAAAAUAGUUCCAAAAAAUAGAUUUGAAGAGAAAUAACCAAAAACACAGACUAUCAAGUUUCCAAGUAUAUAUUAAUGA